AUCACAGUUUUUGCAGUCAUCGGCCCAUCACCCUAUGGCCCUUUAAUUUUUAUUUUUAUUAUUUUUAAUAUUUUAUUCAGAUCUUAACGGAUAAGCAUGAAUCUCGAUGUUAAUUACUUUUUACAAUCCUUUUUUGGCCCCUACUUUUAUUUUAUUUCACUUUUUACCCCCUGUCCCAAUAAAAAACAAAGAUGCUUCAAAGAACUAUCCCAAAAAAAUAAAUCUCCCGCUGCCCGUCACGUCAUCCAAACUUUGACCAGGUGUGUACGUGUCAAUACCCUAUUGGAUUCCAUCAAGGACCCUACUGUACUAUUGCUGCUAUUUAUAUGUACCCUAUACUAUUCCCACUGGGGCACCACCCACAACUUCUCCACUACAAACAACACACAGUAGUACUAUUCACAAGCUCACCCCCACCCACCCCCAAACCCUAGCUAACCACAAACUACUCCCAUAUUUGACAUUUUUCCCCCUAAUCCUCUGAAUUUACUAGCUGCUGCUUGUUUGGCGUUUUCCGUUGGUGUGGUUUGAUUUGGUUGCGCAUCGUUUUCUAAGCUCUGUAAUUUCUGAGAGAUUUUUCGUUUUUUUUUUUGCGGCGGUUUUUAAGUAUACGGAGGAGUUGCAUGAUAGCCGGAGAUGGCGUCGGCAUGCGUGAACAACAUCGGAAUGUCGUCUGAGAAGUUCCUCGACUGUCCUCCGGCGAAGUUUCCGUCGUACGGCUGGCUGAGCCCUAGAAUAUCGUUCAGCCGUGAGUUUCCCGACGAUGACGUGUCGAAAGGCCUCGCGAGUAAGCCUCCGACGAAGAAUCAACCGCCGCCGAGCAAUGCGGCUGCGGAGAAGCCGGAUGAACCAGAUCUAGAAAGCUCCGGCAACGAUUUCGUGGAUUUCGAGUUCCGCCUCGUCGAUCCGGUGAUGAUGCUCCCCGCCGAUGAGCUAUUCGCCAACGGAAAGCUCGUGCCGUUGCAUCUCUCCAACAUCCGGCACUCAAUGUCAUCAGCUCCGGCGUUGUCUGACGUCAGAUUCCCGGACACGCCUAAAUUCCGUCGUCGGAAUGAGGUUUCCCCGAUGGAUCCAUAUUUGUUCUCUCCGAAGGCGCCGAGAUGCUCGAGCCGAUGGAAGGAGCUCCUAGGGUUGAAGAAGCUGUAUCAGAGCAGCAACGCCAAGCAAGAGGAUCACAAAACGGCGUCGUCGUUACCCACCCACAGCGAAGCCAACAAAAAGGCAGUGAGAAGCUUGAAACACUUGAUUCAACGCAGUUCCAAAUCCUCACUAAACACGUCGUCGAUCGAUUCAUCUCUCAAUCUUCCAUUGCUAAAGGAUUCAGAUAGCGAGUCAGUGUCGAUUUCCUCUCGACUUUCUCUCUCAUCAUCUUCCUCCGGCCACGAGCACGACGAUAUUCCCCGGCUCUCCCUGGAUUCCGAUAAGCCAAGUUCUAUUACCACCACCCGCAAUACUCACCACCACACCGCCAGAAAUAUUUCCAGAGCUCGAGUACUAGUCAAGCACAGGACGGCUCUCUCGUCGGAAAACCCUACCGUACCGACACGAGUCGGCCGGAGUCCGUUGAAAAGAGCGCCGGAAUCCUCAGCUCCGGUUCGCGGCGUUUCAGUAGACAGUCCUCGGAUGAAUUCGUACGGACAAAUCGUGUUCCAUAGCUUAGAGAGAAGUUCGAGUAGUCCGAGCACCUUCAACGGAGGCCCAAGGCAUAAGCAACGUGGAAUGGAGAGAUCUUAUUCUGCUAACGUACGCAUCACUCCGGUUCUCAACGUUCCGGUUUGUUCACUCCGCGGUUCAUCGAAAUCCGGAGUUUUUGGUUUUCCUCUGUUUUAUUCCCAGCAGAAGAAAGAAACCGGCGGUACCACAAUUAACGGUCUAAACAAAAAUCAUCAGCAUCAUCACAGCAAGAACCGCACAGAUCGAACUUGAGAGAGCUGCUUUCGUGUUUUUUUUGUUUGGUGGUAAUACACUUAACCUACCGCUUUUUUCCUUCACAAAUAACUUGGAUUUCAGCGUUUCGUUUUUUCCUCUCUCAAGGUGUUGUUUCUACUGUGGUGGUGUUUGAGUUUGACUCGUUAGCUGUUUUUUUUUUUUUUUUUACUUGACAAUUUUUUUAGAUUUACUACUGUUCUGUACAUAAGCAAUGAAUCGAAUAUCCUUUCGUUUUUCCAUUCAUCAC